CAGUAUAAAGUAGCUGCUCCUCCCGCCUCGCGUCCACCACUCGAGCUUCACACCUGCGACAUGCUACUCACGGUUUGCUGCAUACUAUUAGCUUCGGAGGCGGUGCAAGGUGGUGCCUUUUCCAAGGGCGCCGGAACCCCCUACAACCUGGGUACCUUCGGCGGACAACUAGCCACAGCUGUGAAAGUGAUCAGGGUUACCAACACUGUAGCUGUCCCGGUUCCCUACCCUUACCCUGUCACUAAGCACGUCCCGGUGCCCGUAUCUGUUCCAAAGCCCAUCCCCUACGCAGUUCCCCAACCGGUCCCUGUGGAGGUCACCAAGCCGGUGGUUAUCGCUAAUCCGGUUCCUUUCCAGAUCCCCAAACCGUAUUCCGUUCACCAGCCAUUCCCCACAUCUCAGAUAUCCUAUCCUCUUUCUCUACCGGGGUAUCUGACAGCGCCUCAGUAUCAUGGAAACCAAGCCACUGACUAUCAAGCCUAUGUGACAUAUGGAUCUGGAGGAGUCGCAGACCACUCCGCCCCUGCUUACGGACACGAUCAGAGUUAUCAGCCUCAGCAAGAAUACAGUUACGAGGGAGCUCAAGGAGUGUAUGAACAUGGAGCCACCAAUCAGGAAGGCUAUGGACAGACAGAUUAUUCUGCGAACAAUGAACCUGCCGGUGCGAGCGGGUAUGGAAACUCUCAUGGCCAAAAUUUUGAAUCCACUAACAGUGUGGAAGAACACUCCGUAGCUGGUCAUGGUAAUGGAUAUUGAGUAGAUUACAUCAGUACAUAAAUGAGGUUUGUGGAGUAUAAUUGGAGAAGCAUAUUUAAGAAUUGUGUAAAAAUAUUCAAAACACGAAAUAUAUAAUUAGACACAUAUAGAGAUUAGGAAACCUUCAAGUUAAACUAUAAAACAGUUUUUAAAGAACUGUUCGUCAUUUCUCAAAAUUAGAGAAUAUUUGAUGUUGACAACAGUAGUUUUCAAGUCUGCUUAACUGUGAGUGCUUUAUUGGUCUUUUUGGCUUAUAUAAAGAAGUUUAAAGUUUCUGACCCUUUUGAUUUUCCUAAAAUGUUUGCCAAAUAAAGGAAACAAUACUUUAAACAGUACAUCUAGUCUUUUAAUAAUGUAUAUAUGUCUAGGUUAAUUUUUUCACUUUAAUUGUUCUUCUGUAAGAUGUUUCUGUUAGUGAUAGCAAAGUAGUUUUAUUAGUCAUAAUUUCAAUAGAAGAUUAACUGGGUUAAAUAUUUAAUAGAAAGAACCUAAAUUAAAUUAGCUUGUAGGUUGUUUUUCUUACAAUAGCUUGUAGAAUUAUUAGAGGGAACUCAUGAUAUUUGUUUGGACAAAUAUUUAUAGACUAGUUGCCUUGUUGCUCAACUGUAAACUAAAUAGUUCCUCGACACGAAUCUGAGAUCUAAAAAUCAAAAUACACACCUUCUCAUUUUACAUAUAAUAGAAAUAAUUUUAAAAUCAAACUUUGUUAAUAUUAAACAAAUAUUUUAGGUUGUUUUGAAACAUAACACUUGUCUCUAGACCACUAAAGUCCAUGUUGUACGAAAGUGUUUAUAAUAAUAUGAGGCAAUAUCAGGGCCAAUAGCGAUUGCUGAACAACUGAAACAACAAUAGUAGAUUUAAAAUUGAUAUGAUAUUGUUUAUAUUAGUUCAAUGUUGGGCGGAAAUUGUCUGCGAACCUAAAAUAUAUUGUUUUCAAUAAAAGUAUCUUUGCUUGCGUACUAAGCCAUUCUAUUGUCUACUUCAAAUCUUAUUUUAUUAUAUAUUAAACACAGAAAUUUAUUAAAACGGUUGAAAACAUUACUAUAUCGUUCUUUGGUGCUUACAUGUAGUUUCUUACAUCAUAAACUAAUUAGCAUUUUAUAAAUACUGAAACAAGUUUGUAUAUAGUUCCGUAUUUCCAAUUUAACAUUACAGAAG